AUGUAUAAACCAUAUUCAAGCAAUACACAAAGAAAUAAAUCACGUCUUUAUAUAUUUCUUAUUGUCGCUUUUAUAAUAUUUAUUAUUUAUCGACGAUAUUUUUCAUCAUCAAACAAAUCUUUAGAAAAAGGAACAUUUCAAUCAGCUGGUGAAAAUGUUGAUUCAGUUAUUCAACAAUCAAAAGAUAAAUUAAAUAAUGGAAUUAAUAAUAUUAAAGAUAAAGCUGAUAAUGUUGUUGAUAAAGCAAAAGAUAAAAUAAAACAAGGUGCUGAUACUGUUCAAAAAGCUGCACAAGAUGUUAAACAAAAACUUUAA